AUUAUGAAUAUGAAGAACUCGAUGAAUUUGUGUGUUUCUUUAGUCCAGCCCAUAUAAUCAAAUGUGCUUUGACUAAAAUAUUUUUAAGAAUAUGUGAAAAUCUUGAAUCUUUAUCUGUUAAUAAAGCACUUCUUGACAAUUUAUUGGGAAGCUCUCUAUAA